AUGCCUACUGUCACAGUUGCUAGAGAAGACUUAUAUAGAGAACUCGGUGUUACUAUGACAGAUCAGGAAUUCGAGGAUCUCUGCUUUGAAUAUGGCAUAGAGCUUGAUGAUAUCACAAGUGAAAAAGAAAUCGUCCGCAAAGAAAAAGGAGAAGAAGCUGCACGUGGACUUGAUGAGACCAUUCUUUACAAAAUUGAAGUAGCCGCUAAUAGAUAUGAUCUCCUAUGUUUAGAAGGACUCGCACAGUCACUCAGAGUCUUCUUGGGCCGCGAUGAGACUCCUCUAUUCAGACUGCUCCCUACAAUUCCAACAGAAGUCGCCACAAUUACCAGCGCAACACAAGGUGUAAGACCUUAUUUUGGCUGUUUUUUAAGUAAAAAUUUUUAAUAUAUAAAUUUAAUGGCUAAUUUCCAAAGAUUUUUUUAUAUAAUUGAGCAGAUCUGAGUAAAUUCUGACAAUUUAAUUUUUCAGGUAAUUAUAUUGCACCCUUAUUUUGUAUGUGCAAUAUUGAGGAAUCUGCACUUUACCCCAACCUCAUAUAAAAGCUUUAUUGAUCUUCAAGACAAGCUCCACCAAAACAUUGGCCGCAAAAGGACUUUAGUCGCAAUUGGAACUCACGACUAUGACACAAUAAGAGGACCUUUUACAUAUACAGCCAAGGAGACAUCAGAAAUCAAAUUUAAAGCCCUUAACCAAACAGAAGAAUACACAGCCGAACAGCUAUUUGAAAUCUACCGCAAAGAUAAUCGCAUGAAAAAAUACGUCGCUAUCAUUGAAAACUCUCCAGUGACCCCUAUUAUUUAUGACUCCCAAGGAAUUGUGCUAUCAAUGCCACCAAUUAUCAAUGGUGACCACUCAAAAAUUACCUUAAACACCAAAAACGUAUUCAUUGAUAUCACAGCUUGUGACUUGACUAAAGCCCACGUAACCUUGCAUACCAUAAUAGCAGCGUUUUCUCAGUACUGCACUGAAAAAUUCACAGUUGAGCCUGUAAAAGUAAUAGACCCAGAAGGAAGAGAACAUGUGUGCCCAAGAAUGGACGAAAGAGAUGUCGAGGUUGAUAUUAAUUAUGUCAAUAAACUUAUAGGGACUAACUUAUCGCCAGAUAAAGCAUGCACACUUCUGAAUAAAAUGUCGUUAAGAAGUACAGAAGAAGGGAAUAAAAUUAAAGUGAGGGUUCCGAUUACGAGAUCUGAUAUUUUGCAUCCUUGCGAUAUUGCUGAAGAUGUUGGGAUUGCGUAUGGAUACAAUAACAUUGAAAAGAGAGUCCCACAAGUGACCACAAUUGCUAAACAGCAGCCAUUAAACCACUUAUCAGACUUGCUAAGAGCUGAAGUCGCUCAAGCUGGCUUUAUUGAAGUCUUAACCUUUGCUUUAGUUUCUUUUGAAGAAAACUACGAUAAGUUAAGAAGAGAAAGAGACGGCUUAGCUGUAGAAAUUUCCAACCCAAAAACAUUUGAGUUCCAGAUUCCAAGGACAACACUUUUGCCAGGUCUUCUCAAAACAUUAUCAUCAAAUAAAAAAUUCCCUCUGCCAAUCAAAAUUUUCGAGUUGUCUGAUGCUGUGGUUAAAGAUGAAAAUGCAGGAAAUGGCACAAGAAAUGUUAUAUUAAUUAUUUAAAAUAAUCAAUAUUAUUGCUACUAGUGGUUAUAAUUCUAUUUACUAUCAGAAAUUUAUUAUAUAAAUGCUUUAACUUACUAUAAAUAGGUAUAGAAUGCUCUCAGCACUUCAUUCAAAUACUUCAGCUGGGUUUGAAGUGGUCCAUGGAUUAUUGGAUAUUGUGAUGGAGAAACUUGGGUUUAGCUUCCCAGGAGAUUAUCAUUUAGUGCCUUGUGAAGACCCCACAUUUUUCCCUGGAAGACAAGCUCAGAUUUUUUCACAUGGGAAAAAAGUAGGUAUCAUGGGAAUUAUUCAUCCAGAAGUAUUGAAGAACUUCGAGUUGAAGUACCCAGUUUCUGCCUUAGAGAUCGAUUUUGAGCUUCUAUCUACGCUAAUAAGGAUUUAA